AAAAUGAUGAUAAUUGUCGUGGUGACAUUUGCCAUCUGCUGGCUGCCUUAUCAUAUUUACUUCAUCCUCACUGCAGUCUAUCAACAACUAAAUAGGUGGAAAUACAUCCAGCAGGUCUACCUGGCCAGCUUUUGGCUGGCAAUGAGCUCGACCAUGUAUAACCCCAUCAUCUACUGCUGUCUGAAUAAAAGAUUUCGAGCUGGCUUCAAGAGGGUGUUUCGCUGGUGCCCUUUCAUUGAAGUUUCUAGCUAUGAUGAGCUGGAACUCAAGACCACCAGGUUUCACCCCACUCGGCAAAGCAGCCUGUACACGGUGACCAGGAUGGAGUCCAUGACGGUGGUGUUUGAGCCUAGCGAGGCAGACAACACCAAAUCCAGUCGGAAGAAGGGAGCAACUCCAAGACAUCCAAGCUUCAGUGGCUGCUCCCGCGAGAAUUCCAAAUCUGCCUCGGCCACUUCAAGUUUCAUUAGUUCGCCCUAUGCUUCUGUGGAUGAAUACUCCUAAAUUCAUUUCCUGAAGUGAGACAGUCGUGUGAGGGCAUCAUGGUUUCAGCACAAGCCCCCAUUCUCCUGUUUAGCAGUCCUGUCCUACCUACUUUUGGGAAACAGAGGGCAGUUUUGGUCAGCAAAGCUUCAACUGAGGAAGGUAGAAUAGAAAUGUAACAAAGACACUAUUAAGAUAUUUGUCCCCUCAAAAAUAAAAUGGGCUGUCCAUUUGUUCUUUGAAAACUCUAAAUUAUUACAUGCAACAUACUAAAAAUAAAUCUGAUAAAUACCAAAGUAUUAAAUUUUUCUCAUUUAAAAAUUGCAAUAAACAUUUAUGAUGCUAAGGUGACAUAUGAUUUUUCCAAGAGAUUAAAAAAGCUUUAAAAAUAUAAUGUGAGUGAAUAAAAACAAAAUCUAUGUGAAUGAAACAUUUUCAUCUGUAGUUAUAAAACAGAAAAAAAAAUGACUCAUUUUCCCAUGAGAAUGAAGGAAAAUUGCCUCAAGAAGUAGGAAUUAAUGAAAAUCUUUGCUCAAGUGAAUUCACUUUGUAGAAUAAAAAAUUUUAAAGAUUUAAGUAUUUUCUCCAUGAAAUCAGUAACUGGAAAGGAAAUCUAGUAAAAUUAUUAGACAGCUGUACAUGUCAUUCUCUUUAUUAUCUUCUCUGAGAAUAUGGCUUCAAAAGAAAAAAAAAAUACUCCUUUACUUUUUGACCAUUAUAUAAAGUACCAAGCUAAGAAAUUGUCAAAGUUAAGUCCUCAAAAGGACAAAGCAAAUUCCUAUGAUCCUCUUUACUUUAUUUUUCACAAAUAUUUAAAAAUUUUUAGAAAACGGGCAGAUUAUAAAACAUUGAAGAUGCCUUCUAAUGAAGAAGGGAAGAAUCCCAUUUGUCUCUGAAACUGGCUACCAAUUUUUAGGCAAGAAUUAAAGAUAGUAAUUCUUAAUUAGGACGGCAGACAGGAACAUCUACCAGCUUCAAAGGAAGAAGUGUUUCUCCCCAUGAUUCAAGGAAAAAGCUUAAGAUGAAUAUUGAUUUUAUCAAUUGUACAGCGUCCUUCUCCUGUCCUCUCCCUCCACUGAAAAAUGAGUAAGGACUAGGGGAAAGUAUCAGAAAAUAUAGUCAAAUGCAAACCCUUAGUAAAGUAAGUCUAUGUACUACCUCUAUGUACUAACAAACAUAUGUAGAAAGGCGAAUCAACUGUUAGAAUAAAAGGCAGAACAAGAGUUUGGAUACAUGUGAACUAAUACCAGGCAAACAAGAGUAUAAUACACACCUUUCCACAGAGAGCUUUCCUUUUGUCUGUUUAAAUAAUUCAGAGGAAUGAGCUAAUGGUCCUAAAGAAGCAUCUGUUUACUAUUAAAAAAUAUUUACUAUCGUAUUUCUGAGAGCCAUAACAAAAAAAAGUACACUUUAAGUGUAGCGGUCAGUACUUAGAAAUCAUCUUUCUUUGAAUUAAAGAUACUGUCAAUUUUGCUCAAAGAAGCAGAAACCUUCUGAGAAUGUGUAUAUACAAUAUAAACUUUCCAGAAAGUUUAAAUAUUCAGUUAGAUUUUUUUUAAAGCUAUCCGAAUGAACUAAUUACCUGUGAUGCUUUACUGGAUUGUUAUGCCUCCAUCAAUAUAGAACAAACUGUUGUUUUGAAGAACAAGAUAAAAGCAAUUAUUCAAGAGCAAAUCAUGGUCUAUUGCUGCCACUACCUUUAAUUUUCCAAUCCUCUUUCCCAUUUUGGGCCCAAAGCCAGAAAUACCUAAUUAUUACAAAGUGUUAAAAGUCUAUACAGCUCCACCAUGUGUUUAAGCUGAUUUCUUCUGAUUGUACCAAUAAACAGACACACAUAUAUAUAUACUCACAAGUGUGCAAGUACAGUCAUUCUAAUGGAUGUAACAGCUUCAAAGAAUUAAAUUCAAAACUGAAUGCUAAAAUAGUAAGUGGUUAUUACAGAGUUGCCAGAAAAAGAUCAACAAAAUCUAUGAAGCUUGUGUGCAUGCUUUGGAUAAGCGAAUUUAUCAUUAUUUACUAUUUAGUUGUUGAAUAUAAUUUUUUAAAUGCUCAUUCCAAAGCAUGUAAAUGCUUAUCAUACAAUGUGAAAGUGUUGAGAAAAAGUCUAAUAUUUUAGCAAACAUUAUCUUCUUAAAUUAACAAAUAAUUAUGAGACUAGCAUACAUGGGGCCGUAUUCAGCUGCAGGAAGUGAAUGUGAAGUUUGGACAUCAGGCUCACCUAAGUCAGCCACCACCAAAGGCAGUUUGAAAAACCUAACUCCUGGCGUUCACAUGUUAGGAAAAUUUAGUAUAAUUUGCUAAGACAUCUAAGGAAAAAUAUUGCUUCAAUCUAUUGCUUUGUUUGGUUUCUUUUGUUUUUUUGGGUUUUUCAGUAGAUUUGUUGUUGCUGUGCUUAACCAAGUAUUAUCCUUCAAGUGUGACAGAAAUACCUUAGGUCCGGAUAGCACCGGGAAAACUGACAUCAUUAACUCAAUAUUUACGACUUUUAAAUGAAAGGAAGCAGAAUUUUUAAGGUCAAAAGUUUAAAAAAAAUAAUAAAACAAGAACAAUGUGAAAGAAAGAUUUUAGCCCUUUUGUCUGAAUUUUGACACUGAGAAUUAUAGAAUAAUACACAUGGAAAUCACUUUCAAUAGAGGUCACUUUAAAUAAAGCUAUGCUGAUAUGUUCACAUUUGUCAAGGUUUGGAAUAAUUUACCUCCAAAAUUCACCCUACUGUCUGAUACUAAAGUUCAGUGCAAAUCUUUUUCACUAUUUGAAGGUAAAAACUGACUAGAAAUACUAGGCAGAUGGUUAAAACAUCCUAGGAUAUUUUGGAUUUAGGUCAGCAACAGAAA